UGCAGUCAAACAUAGUGGUGAACGCUUGGACACGGGUGGAUUUUUCAUAUAAUGUGAAUAACUUCCGAAUUCAUGCGACGUAUUCGGACAAUCUAAUGCAUAUUCAAUACAAGUUCUAAAGCCAAACAAUGUUUGCCAAGUUAAAGAAGAAGAUAGUUGAAGAUGAACAUCUUCAAUCAGAUGGGGGCGAUGGAGAUAAUUCAGUGCUUCCAAGUCCUGUAGCAGCCCCCAGCAGAAGUCGUCUAGACUCGUCCGGUAAGUUGCCUGGACCUCUUGGUCAGACUCCGCCACAGAGCCCGGCUCCAUCCAUGUCUGCAUCAGAAGUUUCUACUGAUUCAACUAGAACAAAUGUAGAACAACUAAAACUUCUACUCAACAAGAGAAAUGAACAAGUGAGAAAGCUGGAGCACCAAGUUUCAGAGUAUCAUUCAUUAAUGAGAGAACAGACUAAAUUGAAAGAGAAACUAGAGCACAAUCUUGAAAGGCAACAGGACUCUGCUGCCAAACGGAUCCAGGAGUUGAAUGAAACCUACCAUACAUUGAAUACAAAACAGGCAGAUGGCUUUAAGAAGAAAGAAGAAGACAUGAAGACCCAUAUAGUUGAGCUAGAGGCAAAGCUAGGCAAUAUAGAGCAGAUCAAAGAGGCAGUAUACAAACAGCAGGAAGAAAUUGACAACAUGGAAGGUCUACAAGUGCAAGAGAUAGCCAAAGUAAAACACAUGUUCCUCAAUGCGGAGGAGAAGAUAAGCAAUUGCAAUGCAGAAUUGGAUCAGAAGAACAGUGAAGUGACACGCCUGCAGGCCCAUGUGGAGAAGGUGCAGGCACAACUGGCGAGCGUAAUGGAGGAGAGGAAGGAGCUGAGGGAUCAGAAUGAGCAGCAGUUAUCAUAUGUGGAACUUGUGACAGAGGAACGUGACUGCAUGCAAGCUAAAGUAAAAGAACUCACGAAGACCCUGGAUGAGAUCAAGUCGGCUGAUGAGGAGAAGGAAGAUACAAUAUCUAUUCUGCAGGAAAGAGUGUCUAUUUUGGAGAAACGAGAGGAGAGCUGUUCACUUCAAGGAGACCAGAAAGUGGAAGCUCUUAUAUCUGAGCGGGAAAACCUGGAGACAAAGCUGCAGGAGACAAGACAGCAGCUGACUGAGAUUAAGUCUCUCUGGAGUGAAAAGAUCAAUUCUCUAGAAAAUCAGGUUGCACAUUUAAACUCAAAGAUAGCGGAGGACAACGAUGAGUUGGUCGCAGCUAAGCAUUCUGUGCAAGAGUUGCAGCAGAGAGGUGACAGUGCGGAUGCAGAGUCGACAGAGCUCAGGUCACAGCUGCUGCAUCUACAGCAGACGAUCGACAGCAAAACCAACGAGUGCGACAUGCUGGUGCAGGCUGCUGAAGUCAAGGAUGCCGAUCUUUCGGAACGAGGCACGAACAUCGCCAGUCUUCACGCCGAGAUGCAAGAGCUGCGGCGGCGACUAGACGAAGCCAUCACGGGCAGCGAACGGGAGGCUGCGCAGAUUGCCGAGUUGCAGCAGCGGCUAGACGCCUCGACGUCUCGCGCCUCGGAAGCUGCCGGCGACGCGACGACCCUUCGGCAAGAGGUCGCCGACCUUCUCUCGACGGCCGAGGAAUCGCGGUCGUCGGUGGCGGCGAGCGAGGCGCGGGUGACUCGUCUCGAGGAGGAGCUGCGUCUCGCCGAGACCACCUCGCGGGUCGCGGGCGACGAGCUGGUGGCGGCGGCAGAGGCGGCGGGCGCGCGGCUUGCCGACACGCAGCGCCACCUGGAGGAGAGGGAGCGCGACGUCAAAAAUCUGCACGAGCAAUUGGAGGCGGCCCGCUCUGAGGCGGACACCAGGGGGCACUGCCUGGAUGAGCGCGUCGUGGGUCUCGAGCGGGAGUUGGACGCGGCGCGAUCGGAGUUGGACACUAGAGGGCGCAGUUUAAACGAGCGCAUUGCGGGUCUCGAGCAGGAAGUAGAGGUCGCGCGAGAAUCGCUGCGGGAGGAGGGAGAUCGCCGAGAGGAAGCUGAAGCCAGCGUGCGAUCGCACGAGGAAGGCAUCGCCACGAUCGAGAAGCAGCUGGAAGCGGCGGCGAAGGCGAGGGAGAGUGAGGUGGCAGCACUGCAGGCACAGCUGGAGGCGGCCCGCUGCCAGGUCGAGGCGAAGGAACGCGAACUCGAGCAAGCGUCGCGAGACCUUCAGAGUGAAACUGCAUCAUUUUUGACCAAACACGAAGCAUCAAAACAGGAGUUUGAGCAACUAAACAUGAAGAUGGCUGGCCUUGAACAGCAUACAAGCUUUCUGCAGUCUGAAGUUAAUGAUAAAACAGCAGAACUUGUGACCUGGCAGGAGAAACUUCGAGCGGAGAAGGUUGAUGCAGCUGAGACAGAGCAGAAGUUACGAAGGCAACUGGAAGAGAAUGAAGAUGCCGUCGCGCACCUCAAGGAGCGAGUCGGCACUCUGGAGCAACGUGCAGAGAAUAGCGCCCUCGAGGGAGACCAGAUGGCAACCGCACUCGUUGCAGAGCGGGAGGAGCUGGAGCGCAAACUGGCGGAGGCACGGCAGCAGCACAGCGAAGCCAAGUCGCAGGCGAGCGAGCGGGUGGCCGGUUACGAGAAGCAGGUGGCAGCACUUAACAAUAAACUAGAGGAGGUAGGUAGUCAAUUGUCAUCGGCUCAACAUGGUGGUGAGGAGCAACAGAGACACCUACAGUCACAAGUCAGUACUUUAGAGCAAGCUCUGGCACAGGAGCAGCAGAGAGGGAAGGAAAUUCAAAAUACACUCAGUGAAAAGGACAGGCAGUCAUCAGACCUGAGAGAGCAGUUAGAGCGGGAGACUGUACAGUUGAGGGAAGAGCUUUCAGUAUUACAGCAGAAGGAGCAAGAGGCUGCACAGCUGCAGGUUCAGCUUACAGAAUUGCAGCAGGAGAAGGAGAGGGAAGCUGGGCAGUUGCAGGAACACCUAGCAGUAUUGAAACGAGAGAAGGAAGAUGAGAGUGCGAACCUGUUGGAACAGCUUAAGGAUUUGCAGCAGCUGAAGGCGAGGGAGACUGUGCGGCUGCAGGAACAGCUAGAUGAGUCACAGCAGAACCUCGCUAAGCGGGAGCAGAAGGUUGAAAAAUUGAAGACGCUCGCCAAGAAAUUCCAGUUGCAAUGGAAGGAGUCCGAUUCUGCUGAGAAGAGUCUGAAGGUCACCGUCGUUGACCUUGAAACGAUGCUCGCGGAACGUGACAAGCGCGUAGUCGCCCUCCAGGAGGAGCUGGGGGACGUCAACAAACACAUGCAGGAGAUGGUGUCGGAAGUGCAGACAUUAAACCAGCAGAUGGUCACUAUGGAGGAAAACAACGAGAAACUCAAACAGGAGAUAAAAAUAUCGAGUGAGAAGCUGGUAGAGAAAGAGCAGGCACUGGAAUUAAUGCAACAAGGACGGGAGCAAGAUGCUGGACAUCUGAAGCAGACGUACGACGAUCAGAUGCAAUGUCUACAUGACGCGCGCGAACAGCAGGUGCAACAGCUGCGUGGGGAGCACGAACACGAAGUGAAACAGCUGAAGGAUGCCAUUAACCAGCAGAGUAAACAGCUUAAUGAGGAGCAUUCUCAUGAGAUUACACAGGUAAAGGAACAGCACGACCAGGAGGGUGAGCAGCGGAAGCAGGAGCAUGACCACGCGAUUAAACAGGUGAAGGAAGUGCAUGAUCAGGUGAUAGAACAGUUGAAGGAGGAGCACGAUUAUGCGAUUAAACAGGUGAGGCAAGUGCAUGAGCAGGUGAUGGAACAGUUGAAGGAGGAGCACGACCAUGCGAUUAAACAGGUGGGGCAAGUGCAUGAGCAGGUGCUUGAACAGGUAAAGGAAGAGCACGACCAGGUUAACGAACAGGUGAAUGAAGCGCAUAAGCAGGCGAUCCGACAACUAACAGAGAAGAGUGGCCAGCAGAUGAAGCAGCUGAAGAAUGAGCAUGACCAACAGAUUAAACAGCUGACGCGGGAGUGCAAGCAGCUUAUGAAACAGCAGAAGGAACACCAGCAGCAGAUUCCUAAACUGCAAGAGAAGCAGAAGCAGCAAGUUGAGCAGGUGCGUGCCGAGACUGAGAAGCGGAUCCAGCAGCUGCAGAGCGAACACGAACAACAGAUCCAGAAACAAAAGAGAGCUCGUGACGACGACUCGUCGAAAGCUGACGGAGAGUUGCAGCAGCAGAUGGAUCAGAUACAGAGAGAACACCAGACGAGUGUUGAACUGAUACGUGGGGAGCAUGCACAGCAGGUAGAACAUCUGCAAGGGGAGCACAAGCAGAAGCUGCAAGAGUUGCAGGUGCGGGUCACCGAACAACAGCAGAACAUUAGUAGUAUGCAUGAACAGCUCCAGGAAAAAGCGAAGGAAAUGGACCAACUGGUGUGCAGUUCACAGCAGGAAGAGGAGAACACAAAGGAAGUUGAGCGGAGAGUGCAGCAGAAGGUAGAGAAACUACAGAAACAGCUGGAAGAGAGCAGAAACAAGUCACAGGAACUGUGGAAGACAGUGCAGGAGCGGUCGCAACAAGUGAAACGAAUCGAGUCCGAAUUUGAUCAGCUUCGCAACGACUACAAAGUAAGCAGUGAAGCCAAUGAGAAGCUGAAACAGCAGCUAGCAGAGGACACUCGUCACCAGGAAGCUCUGGAAGCCAAACUACAAGAGCAGGCGAUAGCAAUGAAUACUGCAGAGACCGCUGUUAGUCAGCUUAAUGAGGAGAAGGUGCAAGUUCAACAGACACUGGAACACCAGGUGGAGGCACUUAAGCAGCAGCUGGAAUCUAUCAAACAGCAGCACAGCACGGAAUCGGCUGCCCUACUGGCAGGAAUGGAAGCUAGGAGUAAGGAGCAAGAAGAGGCAUUUGUGGAAUGCAGACAGCAGCAAGAGGAUGUUGAAGAGUCGAUGGAAACUCUCAAAAUUGAGUUGAAUCUUAAGCAGAACGAGUGCUUACAAUUGAAUUCAUUGCUGGGAAGUAAUAAAGUAGAAGGAAAAGAAGUUUGGGAGAAGUUGGUUCAGUCAGAGUCAGAGGCAAAGAAAACAUUAGUAGAGCUAGAAAAUUUGCAGAAGAAGCAGCACAGUAUCAAGGACGACCUGAAGCGAACCAAUGCUGAGAAGGACAAGCUGUUAGUACGCAACGCGGAACUGUCGCAGUCGGUGAAAGCGACAGAGCGCAGCGGCAAUGCGGAGCGUGAUGAGCUUCAGAGCCAGCUGCGCGAACGCUGCCAGCAGGUGGCGACACUGGAGACUCAGUUACAGGGUCUGAUCCACCAGCUGGCAGUGCAAAGUGGCGAGGCGAAUGAACGGGACGACAGCGAGGCAGAAGUGCUCGUACAGGAUCUGCGCAAGUCCAUCCUCGCACUGGAGGAGCAGCUGACGGAUAAGAACAAGACGAUCAAGAUGCAACAGCAGAGAUUGAACGAUCUGAAAAAGACUCUCCAGAAAGAACUGAAAGUUCAAUCCUUACCAAGGGAUGAGCUGAACGACAUGCAGGAGGUUGGCCCCCUACAGGCUGUGUCGGGCAACUCUCUCAGACCAGGCAAUGCUACACCCUCGCCAUCGGCCCAGCGUAAGAUGUCCGCUGCUUCGGACUCUUCGCCCACUGCACUCUCUGAGGAUGACAUCAACUUCCAGUAUUUGAAACACGUUGUGAUGAGGUUCAUCUUAAGCAGAGAGAAUGAGGCGUUGCAGCUGAUGAAGGCUGUCUCCACUGUGCUGCACCUCUCCUUGGAUGAAGAGAAAUGUGUUAGGGAGACACUGGAGUGGAAGACGUCCUGGUUUGGACCAAAGCCAGAGAUCGGCAUGUCGCCAGUUGCGACCACGCCUCGGCGACCGACGCAGUCACCGCAGCAGCGUCAUAAUCAGCAGCAUCCCCGAUUGAAGCCGCGCUUGACGCCAUCUUAGCAGUAGCUGUACUGUUUUGCACAUGGUGACGGGAGGUGAGAUUUGCUGUUCAACAGGUUCUUCAAGCAUUCUGAGUUUUGGGCUUAGGUGUUGCAUAGCGAAUGUGUUCCUUGUGGGAAAAUUGAAAUUUCGGGGGGUGUCCGGCCUGUCACGUUUUUUUCCGAUACCGCGUUCGACAGGCGUUAUGAUGUUUAUUUUUUUAUGGUGAAGUAGCUGAUAUAGUUAUACUUCAGUUUCUUGGGUUAGAUUAUUUUUCAAUGCUAACCUAUAAAUGGUAUUUCAGGCAGGUUAUUGCAUUGAAAGAAAUCGGCUAUAUAUAUAGCAUAUAGGCUGGUGGUUUUUAUUGUAUGAAUGCAUCUCAAAUCUGAAUGAAAUUGAGACCUGCCUGGCGCACAAGUAAUGUCUCUGUUAGUAUCUGUAACAACGAUGCUCAAGUAUGUGAUCUUAAUAGAAAUAACGUUAUAGCACUUACAGUUUGUUUACAAGCAAAUGAAGAUGUUAGAACUAGAAACCGUAUCUAACUGGCUAGGUAGAGAAGAUUGCAUUUGCACAAGCGUGCCAGGGGGUGACAGUUGAUUAUUGGUUUUUAAAUGCAGUGUGGUGUAACUAUGGUGCCUAUUGUGUCAAUUGCUACUGGUUGCAAUCUUAGAGCUUCAUUACUUUGUUAAUCUAUCCAAUUCAUUAUGUCAUUACUACAAUGCAACGGCGUUUAAUCAAGCGGGUAGUCGCUAUUUUUUGGCUUUAUUUGACGUGUUAUGCACCACUAAUUUAUUAAUUAUCAUAAAAAAUAUUUUAAAAUGUAUAAUUGUUUGUUAUUGAUUUUCAGUUCUCAAUCACUUAUUGACAUACUGAAUAUAUAUAUAUUGGGUACUAUGGAUUUUAUUGCUGUUAAGAUUCCUGCACUCUCUAGACGGCACGUGAUGUAAACGGACAGGUCCUUGUGUUUCCAGCCAGUAGUCGCCUUAAAAAAGUCGAAAGUCAUUUGCGACAUGCUACUUGUGUAGGUUUUUGUUUCAUGGAUAACGGGUUCAUGAUUAGUACGACUCCACCCUUUGCAAGGAGGUUGAACAUAGUUGAGUACAAUGUUUUCCUACACUUGUCACGUUUCUGGUUAUGUCUCAUAGUUUGUUCAUUUAUAUUCCGUUGCACACUAGUGAGUAUUGCCAAAAAUGUCACGCAACAAGAGAAUGUGCAUAUUAUCUGUGGAUAAGCGGAGAGGCGUAAUUAAUAGACAUGCCCAAAGCACAUUCAUGAUGAUAUUUCCGGUUUGCUAUCUCAUCCGGUAAUUAAUCAUCAAUAAUGAUAAUUCAUUGGUAAAUGUGCUUUUUUCCAGGCUAUGCCCUUAUUAAUCAGAGAGCUAUUUUAUAAUUUUACACGAAUGCAGGAAUGCAUAUGUCUAACAACAUUACUGACUAAUUAGUUACAUCUUUGGUCGUAUACAUUGUAUUGGUAAAUUCGUACAACUACUCAUUAAUUCUGCAGCCACAUCGUUCCAUAUGUUACAUGUGGUGAUUUAGAACACGUGCGGUAACCGCUAGCAUUUUUGUUCGUCUGAGAGAAAGGGUAGAGAGUAAAAAGAUAAAUGGUGGAAUAGGCCAGCCUCGUGGCACCGAACACAAGUAAAAAUGCUGCGGCAAGGCAGUAGAUGUAAAGAAUAAUAUCUAAUUGACGGGCCGUCUAAACAGGUUAUAAUAUUUAAAAGUUUGCCUGGUUUGAUAUCAUGAUUUCAUACGGAUUUCUCUAUUUUUGGCUCUGUACUGAAAACAUCACGUCGUUGCAACUGGUCUUUAAUGACGGAACUGUUAUAUUGCAUGGUCUGAAUCAAUAUUUAUUGCGCGCGUAUUCUAUGCGUGGGUGUGGGUGACGAGGCAGUUAUGCACGCGGAACUAUGUAAAUCUAAAUGCAUUCGAAUAAAACGUAAUAUAUACAGUGUGUUUCGCUCAACUAUAAAUAAAAUGUGGCUGUAUUCAAGGCGGAA